UCUCUCCAACGUCUCUCUCCCUCUCUCUCUCUCUCUCUCUCUCUCUCUCACUCUGUGUCUGACCGUCUGUGUCUGUGUCUGUAUCCUCCCUUCCCUUCCCUUCCCUUCCCGAGCGAAGUCCUACUGAUACUAAACACGGUGAGCGAGAGCUGAGCAGAGCAGAGGGGAAGAUCUUUUUGGGUUCUUCCCGCAUUCCUCUCCGACGCCGCCCUUCUGUGUUGUUUUGUUUUGUUUUCUUUCUUCGGGUGGGUUGGGUGGGAAAGAGAAGAAAUGGAGCCGGCCAAGAUCGACUGGAAGAAGAUCGAGUCGGUGUUCGUGGAGGACGACCUGUACGAGCACUUCGACGCCCCCAAAUGGGUCGACUUCUCCUCCUCCUCCUCCCUCGACCCCGACCCCGACCCCAACCACGACGACGACGACGACGCCGCCCGCUUCUUCUGCAGACCCGAGUGCAAGCAUCCGAGGACGACCGAGGAUUUGUUGAAAUCCACCCCCGCCUCCUCCAGCUCCAAGCUCCGGAGACAAGCUAAUAUGUAUGAAAUCCUUCCGCUUGGUGACCGGAAUCAAAGAGAUGUUGUCUUCAAGAGAAGAGGGGCAACUCAGUCUAGAGUUCCACCGAGCAAAAGUCCCAACAGACCCAAUCAAGAUAGUGAAAAUCAGAACCCUAAUUUGUCUACUCCUCUCAAUCUCUAUUCCAUCACAAAAGAUACGAUCAAAUCGAGCACUGAAAAGAAGAAAGCAGCAGACGAUGGGACGGGGGCUACUGCUUUACCGAGACUCAGAAGCACGCUCUCAGCAAGGAAUUUGUUCGCUGGUCGUGACAUUUUGAAUCAGAUUUCAGAAUUCUGCAGUGAACUAAAGAAACUGGCGACCAGGACCAAGGAGAAAGAAAUUGCGGAGAAGCAGAAUGUGGUGAAGGAUGUCGCUCCUACAGAAAAGGAAAAACCUAGUGAUGUUUUGGAGGAGUUAGGUGGGGAAGGGAAAGAGAGAAAGCCGCUACUUGAAGUCAGUAUCGAGAAAUCUGAUGGCAUGAAGAAGAGCAACACCAAGGAAAAGGGCCAACGGAUUAAAAGAGUCGAAGAGGCGGAAAAUGUUCCAAUCAAGCUAGACUUGGAGAAUGUAAGGCACAAUGAGAAGGAGAUCUUGUCGCAUAUCCGCACUAACCCUCCCACUCCCCAGUGUUUUUCAGCCACUCGCGAGCCUGGCAAACCAACUCCUUCGAAAGCUACCAAAUCUAGGUUUAUGGAGAGACAAAUCCUUCAAGAGGUGAAGUUGAACAGGGGGGCGGUGGCAAAGGAGGAAACUCCCGACAAAGGGAAAACCGUGUCUAUGGUGGAUGGAAGAGACGCAAAGCCACUCGCCGUGUUUUGGUUUCUAAAGCCCUGCACUCUGUCAAGCUGAACUAGAAAUUUCGAGGGAUGAGUUUCUUAUAGAGAUCAAAGUGGGAAGAGUCUUCAAACGGUUGCUCAAGUCGGGACAUCAAAGUAUAGUAGCAAAAUAUUCGUUCAUUCUUUCAUUCAUUACUUUCUCAUCGAACUCUUUCCCCUGCUCUGCACAAUGUUGCUUUCCUAUAUGUUACCUUAUUGAUGGGAUACAAUAACCAAACGUGUAUUCAUUGUACCGAUGGACACAAUAAAAACUAAGGCAGCUCAUGUUUCUACUGUA